GAUAACACUUUUACAGACUGGAGUGUUGAGUUUCGCUAGACUCAUGGCUGCGUCCACGUCCCGUCAGCCUCACGAGGUUUCCUGGCCUUCUAGUCCCCCGUUUAAUCUAGGGAAAAUUAAGAAGAACAAGGGAAAAGGGAAAGAAAUUACAUCUCAAAAGAGGCGUGUCGGUAAACCACCCUCGACCUCCAGAAGCCCCGGUCAUGAUGUAGUAUCGGAAUCGAAGUGGGAUUGGGUAUCUUUGACAGAUCCUUGCAUCAGCAAGGUUCCCCCGAUUUUUACAAAGGAUGGCAGUUAUUAUUUUUCGUUAGUGGGAACCUCCGUAAAAAUCUUCUCUACGCACACCGGGAAACUAGUAUCCACCUUGUCUGCUCCUAGAACCGCUACUGAGAGUCCUUCGGACGUAUUGACUUGUGCAAUGAUCAACCCACACAAUACUUUUCAGUUAAUCACCGGCUCCUCGAAUGGGUGUUUGACGUUUUGGGAUUACAUGGAUGCAGUCCUGUUGAAGCGAGUGGACUUGGGACAACCGAUAUACCAUGUAUGUACUCACGAGAAGCACCAAGAAUACGUUUUCGUUUCGGCUACUCGAAAUACGAAAUACAAGAAAACUGGAGAGGACAACGCGGUUGUUCUUCGUCUUUCUUUGAAGCCUACGAACGAGACAUCUCACACGACAACUCAAAAACCUUCGGAGAUCCUGCCUAUCGGAAAGAUACGCUUUCCGACUGGUCUAUCAUUGUCUCCAAGUGGCGAUUGGAUUGUUGCGACCGCCGGCAACAAAGCUUACGUCGCAAGUACUACGUCUCUCCAGUCAGGCUUCACAAAAUAUGUUGCGUCAGAUCGAUUGAGCUGCCUUGCUUUUCAUCCAUCAACCGACUAUUUCGCCACAGGGGAUGUCAAGGGAAAUAUCAAGCUUUGGUAUUGUCUCAACGAAAAGGCCCUCAUCAAGGUCAAAAGAGUGGAGAAGAAGACCCAAACGGCUAAUCUGCAUUGGCAUGCUCACACUGUGUCCUCCCUCACCUUCACACCGAACGGAGCGUAUCUAUUGAGCGGUGGGGAAGAAGCAGUUCUUGUCGUUUGGCAAUUACAUACAGGAAAGAAAGAGUUCGUUCCACGUGUGGGCGCACCGAUACAAACGAUUUCCUUGUCACCUACUGGUCCUCAUGGAGAAGAAUAUCUUUUAGGCCUCUCGGAUGCCACACACACUUUCAUCAGUGCAGCCAACCUGAGAAUAUCAAGGAGCUAUUCUCGUAUGAAGCUAGGACCCUCUAUGUCAUAUAACUUGGCUUCAUCUUCUUCCAUUGCCCCCAUUGCAAUACAUACCACGACCUCCAACGUUAUCCUUCCAUCAUCCCACCCAUCGUCUCUCCAAAUUUACUCUCCCUCGCACACCGAAGUCCAAUCCGAACUCGAGGUUUCACCGUCCAACCGAGUCUCUCGAAGAGACGAUCAACCUCUAGAGCCAUCGCGAGUGCAACGUAUCGCCGUAUCCCCUUCUGGUCAAUGGAUGGCUUCAAUAGAUUCUCGAACAGGGGGUGCCGAUUUUCACGAUGAAAUAUACCUGAAGUUGUGGUAUUGGGACAAAAGGACGUUGUCGUGGACACUGAACACUCGUAUCAAUAGACCCCACGGUUUGCGAGAAGUGACUGAUAUGUCAUUUAGUCCUCGUCCUAUCGGUAAUGAAGAGUCGUAUCUUGUUACUUCAGGCUCUGACGGCACGGUGAAGACAUGGAGAACACGACCUCACGUCUCCAGAAGAAGCUUAUCGGAAGAAUUCUGGAUAUCCCGUUCUUCUUUGACAUUCCGAUCGAAAGUCCCUUCAAGCGUGACAUGGUCACCAGACGGUACACUUCUCGCGGUCUGUUUGGAGAACCAAGUUUCGGUGUAUGAUCCUUACACGAGUGUCCUUCGAUGCACGCUUACAUCGCCAGAGUUUACGGCCGCGAAAUCAGCACACUAUCUGGGCCGUGGCCGAUACUUAGCCGUGAUUGGUAGCAAUGAAUUGGUAAUUUGGGAUAUCGUUUUACACACAGUACGGUGGACCUAUACUGCUGAAGCACCUAUAACCACUUUGAUACCCCAUCCCGACAACGACACUUUUGCAUUAUUCACAUCCGCUGAGGCUCAAGGGACGAAAGUUUUUAUAUUUUCUGCUCCUGAAGGAUUCGUGAAGAAGUCGAUUUCAUUGCCAUUUGGUUUGAGGAACAUGACAUGGUAUUCGCCACGAUUCACCUCCUCGUUCAGCCUUAUUGGCAUCACAACUGACUGGAUGGUCGUUCAUUUCGGGGACGAUAUCAAAGGAGCUGAGGAUGAGGGCACAACUGCUAGGGAAAUCAAGGCUUCUCCCUAUGAACGACGGACACUAUUCCAGGACAUCUUUGGAGCGUCCAUGUUUGCUAACGCAAGCGAGACCACUUCUGGGAGAAGUACUCAAACAAGCACUUCAGUCUGGACCGGCACUAAGAGUUCGAUUUCGGAUGCUCCUGCACACCUCAUCCCGCCUUUAGAGACUUUGUAUGCCCCCUUAAUGAACAAUUUCCUCAAACCGAGAAUAUCCUUAGUAUCGCCUACGCUUCCGGAACGACCUGUUGACGAAGAUGUGGAGAUGGAAGAAGAGGACGACAUACCUUUGAAAUCGCCACAUUCCGCAAAGUCCAAGGCAGACACAGAGGACGACAUAAAGACAUUUGUUGAGCUUUUCAAACUCCACUCUAUUACUCGUACUCCUGUCUCUAAGUCCCACAAGAUAAACGGUUCCACGAAGUCUAAGCAAUCAAACGGUGUGAACCAUGCCCUUUCCCCCCGUCCACCAAUGAUACCCAACUCUACACCCAAAGGCUCGAAACCUGUCGUGUCUUCCACAUCUGACUCUUCACCGUCAACGAUGAUAUCUCCCGUCACCAAUACUAAAAAACGGAAAAAGGCGAUGGAAUCUCUGUAGCCUUCCAUCUUUAUCUACAGUAGCAUCUUUCAUCUUUCAUGUAUUGUUUCUUCCACAUCAUCAGAAUGACAUCAUCUACUACACUCAUGAGUUCA